GCAGAGAGAGAGAGAGAGAGAACUAACGGCACCGUCUUCUUGGAAGCAUCCAAAUUUGACCGGAGCUGCGCAAAACACACUUGGCUGUCGGCCGGAGUGUAGAGAGAGAAUACCGCCGCGUUCAGCUGUACGGUCGAUGCGCUGCAAGGCUCAACAUCUCACACACACACACACACACACACACACGGAGGAUUCCGAGCUUCUCUCUCUCUCUCUCUCUCUCUCUUUGGAGUAUAUGUGGAGGUCAAGCGCGCGCGCAGUUCUAUGAGAAUCCCUGCUUUGCGGCAAGACCAAGUUUGGGUGUUUUUUCCUGCGCGCGCGAGCAGAGCGGGGAAUAAACAUGGUCGUGCUGCGCGGGGCUUUGCGACGCCUGGGCUCGCUGCUGUGCGUCCUCGCGCUGUGCUUGGGCUUCGCGUGCCCGCGAGCUCGCGUCUACACCAACCACUGGGCGGUCCGCAUCUCCGGCGGGCGCGAGCUGGCUGAUCAGAUCGCACACAGAUACGGUUACUCGAACCUGGGUCAGAUCGGCGACUUGAAGGACUACUACCAUUUCUUCCACAGUCGGACGAUAAAAAGGUCGACGCUCUCCAGCCGCGGCGCACACAGCUUUAUCUCCAUGGAACCAAAGGUGGAAUGGAUUCAGCAGCAAGUGGUGAAAAGAAGGGUAAAGCGAGAUUAUAAACCCUUGUACCCAGGUUCAGUCAAGACCAGCUCAUCCCAGUCUGACUCCAUCUACUUCAACGAUGCUAAGUGGAGUAGUAUGUGGUACAUACACUGUAACGACAACAUCCAUAACUGCCAGUCAGACAUGAAUAUUGUUGGCGCCUGGAAGAGGGGAUAUACAGGCAAAGAUGUCGUGGUCACAAUUUUGGAUGACGGCAUUGAGCGGAACCACCCGGAUCUCAUCCAGAACUAUGAUAACCAGGCCAGUUAUGAUGUAAAUGGAAAUGACUUGGACCCCAUGCCAAGAUACGAUGCCAGCAAUGAAAACAAGCAUGGCACACGGUGUGCUGGGGAAGUGGCAGCAUCUGCCAACAACUCUCACUGUACUGUGGGCAUUGCCUACAACGCCAAGAUUGGGGGUGUGCGGAUGUUGGACGGAGAUGUCACAGACAUGGUGGAGGCAAGGUCACUCAGUUUGCAGCCGCAGCACAUCGAUAUAUACAGUGCUAGCUGGGGGCCAGAUGACGAUGGCAAAACUGUAGACGGGCCUGCAGCGCUUGCCAGACAGGCCUUUGAGAAUGGCAUCCGACAGGGCAGGAAGGGCCGUGGUUCUAUUUUUGUAUGGGCAUCGGGUAAUGGCGGGCGGAGUCGAGAUCACUGCUCGUGUGACGGCUACACCAACAGCAUCUACACCAUCUCCAUCAGCAGCACAGCGGAAAGCGGCCGCAAGCCCUGGUACUUGGAAGAAUGCGCCUCCACUCUCACCACCACAUACAGCAGCGGUGAAAACUACGACCGCAAGAUUAUCACUACAGAUCUAAGGCAGCGCUGCACAGACAGUCACACUGGAACGUCCGCAUCAGCGCCAAUGGCUGCUGGGAUCAUUGCGCUUGCCUUGGAGGCAAACCCUCUCCUGACAUGGAGGGAUGUACAGCACAUCAUUGUGAAAACGUCACGCGCUGGCCAUCUCAGUGCUCCUGACUGGAAAACCAAUGCAGCAGGGUACAAUGUAAGUCACCUAUAUGGUUUUGGGCUCAUGGAUGCAGAGGCCAUGGUCAAAGAAGCUGAGAGAUGGAAACAAGUCCCCCCACAGCAUAUAUGUGUGGAAAAUGCAGAUAAGCAAAUAAGGACGAUUCGCCCAGAGCAUGUUGUUCGUUCUAUUUACAAGGCAACAGGCUGUACCGAUAAUGCAAAUCACCAUGUCAUUUAUUUGGAACAUGUGGUUGUACGCAUCGCCAUAACCCACCCACGACGAGGAGACCUAUCAAUUAAUUUGACUUCACCUUCAGGGACAAAGUCGCAGCUCCUUGCCAACAGACUGUUUGACCAUUCAACGGAGGGCUUUAAAAACUGGGAGUUCAUGACUACUCACUGUUGGGGAGAGAAAGCUGCUGGAGACUGGAUCCUUGAGAUCUAUGACUCGCCCUCACAAGUCCGAAGUCAGAAAGCUCCAGGCAAACUGAAGGAGUGGUCGUUGGUGCUUUAUGGUACCUCGGUGCACCCGUACGCCUCCCGCAAUGACAAGCCUCGCUCUGUCGUGGAGCCUCCAGUCGAGGAGUAUGUCGAGGAGUAUGUGGGCCCCUGUGAUCCAGAGUGCAGUGAAAAUGGCUGCGAGGGCCCUGGGCCCCAUCAGUGCAUCAACUGCCUGCACUACUUCCUCAAGUUUAAAAACAACACCAGAAUGUGUGUGCCCGAGUGUCCGCCUGGCUUUUUCCGGGAUGAUAAGAGGCGCUGUAAAAAGUGUUCCCCUCUAUGCGAAUCCUGCAUCGGUAGUCGCAGCGAUCAGUGUACCUCGUGCCGGCAAGGUUUUUACCUCCGAGAAGGAGCCAAUACAUGCAUCUAUGCAUGCCAUGAAGGCUACUAUCUGGACCGUGAUGCCAGCAUGUGUCGUAAAUGCAGCGAGAACUGCAAGAAAUGUACUUCAGCAAAUAUCUGUAUGGAGUGUAAGCCAGGGCUCAGUCUACAAGGGAACAGGUGUCAGCUGUCCUGUGAAGCUGGCACAUACUACAAUGGGCAUAAACGGAUGUGUGAGCAGUGCCAUCCUGCUUGUGCUACGUGUGCAGGUACUGGCAUCGAGGCAUGCAAUAAAUGUGCCGAAGGAUACUAUCUUGAGGAGUGGCGCUGCGUUCCCGGUUGCAGUUUAGGAUACUACAUGGCAGAGAAAAUGAUACAAAAUGGAGAGGUCCAGAAGUUUUGCCACAAGUGUGAUCAUACAUGUUACACAUGCACAGGUCCAGGAGAUAGAAACUGCAGUUCCUGUGUGAAGGGAUACAACCUAGAAAAUGGUGUGUGUAUCGUCAGCACCAUCUGCAAAGAUGGUCACUAUCUGAAUGAUGGGAAAUGUCAUUUAUGCGACAUUACUUGUGAUAAGUGUAAAGGACCAACGAGCGAGGACUGCCUUCGCUGUUUUUCGACUCGGUUCUUUGAUGAUGGACGCUGUGUAACACAAUGCGAGUCUGGAAAGUUUGAAAGAGAUGGCCAGUGUCUUCCCUGCCAUCCUACAUGUCAUGACUGUAAUGAUGAAGGGCCUGACAAAUGCACCAGCUGCAGCAGAGAUGGGUUUGGAGUGCAGCGUUACCUGUUCGGCGGCGAGUGUGUGGAAAGCUGCCCGCAGUCACACUAUCACUCGUUGAAGAGCACGUGCGAUCCAUGCACUCCGAACUGCAGCACCUGCGUGAGCGCGACAGACUGUGUUCACUGCGCUCCAUCGUUCUACUCCAAAAACGGCAUGUGUGUCAAGCUGGAGUGCGCAGACGAAGUGGCUAAUACUGGUGAAAGUGAGGAUUGUGUUACUUGUGAAGAAGGCUGUCAAAAGUGCCUCAGUGUAAAACCAACGCACUGCAUGUCCUGUCUCAAGGGAUAUUACAGAUUGGGGGAAAGUUGCCAUAAGAUUUGCCCUGAGAAAACCUAUGGAGAUGAUGAUGAUGAUGAUGCCAAUCUGUUGUGCAGGCCAUGUGAUGAUUACUGUGUUAACUGUGAUGAGUCCCAGUGUUACCUCUGUGAAGACGGCUUCUUCCUCUCAGACGGGAUGUGUAUGGAGCAAUGUGAAGAGGGUUUUUAUUCUGACGCGGUACGCGAGUGCGAGCCGUGUCACUACAAAUGCCGGUCAUGUGGUGGCCCGUACUAUGACGACUGCGACUCCUGUGAAGAUGACAUGCGUUUGCUGGAUGGGCAGUGUGUCCGUCUAGACAAAGCAGUCCAGUGUGAACCCUUAUACUUUCUCAACGAACAGGAGGAAUGUGAGGAGUGUCAUCCGACCUGUAAGCUGUGUUGGGGGUCACAAGCUGAUGAGUGUAACACCUGCAAGGAUGGUAUGUUUCUAGAUGCAAUCAGCCGUAUGUGUGUAUCGUUGUGCCCUGCGGGUACCUUUGGGAACAAGACGAGUGGGCACUGCGAGGACUGCCUGCCAGGCUGUGUCGUGUGUCAAGAUGAAGCCCAACGCUGCCACAAGUGUAGAAGUCACCUCUACCUACAGAAUGGCUUAUGCGUUGCCAAUUGUACAGAGGGUUACCCUAAAGGUGGUGCUUGCCAUAGCUGUGCUGAACAAUGCGCCUCAUGUGAAAAUGAAGCUGAUUAUUGUCUGAGUUGCAAGCAACAGUAUCUGUUUCACAAACACACCUGUGUGGCCCACUGCCCUGAGGGCUACUAUGUUAAAAGCAGCGUGUGCGAGGAGUGUCCUAACAGCUGCACCCAGUGCGACGAUAAAGGACAAUGCAGUGAAUGUGAGCAGUACUAUUUCCUGUAUAAGGGCAUGUGUUUGGAUGACUGUCCCAAAUCCUACUUUCCAAAGCUGCAAGAAAGGAAAUGUGAGCGUUGUCAUGCAAGUUGUUCAACCUGUGAUGGACCUGAUACAGACAACUGCAUAUCAUGCUGGAAUCCUACAGAUGUUCGCUACAAUGGAGCAUGUCUGUCCACCUGUCCAUCAGAGACGUACCAAGACAGGACUGAAUGUUGGGACUGUGAUGAGUCCUGCCUGACCUGCUCUGGUCCUCACCCUUCCUCAUGCCUUAGCUGCAGGUCCAACAUGAGGAAAGAUGUUAAUGGCCAUUGUGUGUUUGAUAACAGCUGCCCUCUAAACACAUUUGAGGAUAAAGAUGGGCAGUGCAAACCAUGUCACGCAAGCUGUCUCCACUGUUCAGGCGCAGGCGAACAUCUGUGCCUCAGCUGCCGCAAUGGCUAUUACCUGCACAAUCACAUGUGUGUUUCCACGUGUCCGGAUGGUUACUACAGUGACAUGAACGAGCACGAGUGUAUUAAAUGCCAUUCGACGUGUGCAGUGUGCCAUGGGCAUCACAGUAACGACUGUCUCAAAUGCAGAGCCGGUCUCUUCAGGUCGGGAAACACCUGUGUGCAAAUGUGCCCUUCCAGGUUCUAUCCCAGUGAUGCCAGUGGGACAUGUGAACACUGUGACUCAUCGUGUCUGGAGUGUUCAGGCAGCGGCAAGACGCACUGCCGCGUCUGUAGAGAUGGAUACUUCCGGUUAAACGACGAAGGGAUUUGUGUCCACGUGUGCCCGCCAGACUACUUCGCGGACACCGUGAAGAAAGCGUGCUAUCGAUGUCACCAAUCUUGCAAAACCUGCGAAAACUCAGGACCUUUAGACUGCACGUCCUGCUAUGAGGGCUUUCAAAUGGUCGGGGGAAUUUGCUCAUCCAUGUGCUAUGUUGGAGAGUACGCUACGUCUACGAGGCCAAAGGUUCAUUGCGCACCAUGUGACUCAUCAUGUUUAGAGUGUAAAGGGGCGGGACCGUUCGGCUGCAUCAGCUGCCACGCUGCACAUCGUCUCUUGGAGGAUGGACGGUGUUUAGCUUGUUGUGGAAUAGAGAAUCGCAUGGACCCGCCCACACUGCCCUGGGAGUGCUGCCAAUGCCACAAUGCUUCCUUGGAUGUGUGCGUGCCUGGGGUCAACUUUAAAUUACUCAGCAAAGAGGAAGUACCUGCAGGCAACUCUAGCCUCGUUACGGUCAUUACAAUAUUACUGCUGAUAGGCAUAGGUGUGGUGGCUUUCCUCUUCAUGCACUGCCGCCCAAAACUGCCAUCCUUUAGUUCUGUAAAAUCGAAUGGCUACACCAAGCUGGACAAAGAGCCUGCCUUUACCGCAGCCACCCUCCCUGACAGCAUUCAGGCUGACUACUGUGAUGAGGAUAAAGAUGAAGAUGAUGACGAUGAGGUUGAGAUUGUCUACAUGGGGCCGGAUGGCGUGGUGUAUCAUAAAUUUAAGUAUGGUCUUCUAGACCAGGAAGAAGAGGAGAUGGAGUAUGAUUAUUCAAUCUCUGAUAUAAAAUGAAGUGUAUGACAGUCUAACUCGUAAAAUUUUUUUAGCACUUUCUAAUUUUGGUCGUUGACAGGAUUUAUUUAUUGCUAAUGUAAUAGAGGGAAUGAAACACUUUUUUGUUCUUCUGAGGGGAAGAUGUUUUGAAGAACAAUCAGCUGGAAGCACUUUCUUAAUGCCCAUUGCAUUCCAGUACUGUUUUAAAGGAGAACUGAAGGCAAUUUUUUUUUUUAAAUCAAAAUUCUAUUUCUCAUUUUAUUAAAUGUAGGAAUGCGUUUUUGAUCGCUAUUUUGUCACUGCUAUAGCAAGUCAUGAGUUUGAAAUACGUGAUGUAAUAUCAGUCCAUAUGUCAAAGCAACGGCCGUAAACGAGAUGCGUUGAGACCUGGGCGAGACAUCGUAGGACGGAAGUAAAACAUACAGCGGAAAUCAAAGUGACCAACAUCUGCUAACGUUGUCAAAAGACGCGUGCGCCCUCUUUCGAAUGCUGACGUAAUCAAGCCGGAAGUUUUGUUUGUUUUGAUAGCAAUCAGGAAAGUUUGAAAAAAGUCGGCAGUAAUCGUCAUUUAAACUCAUUUUUGUGCAAUAUUUCAUUUGGAAAACAGUUUUCAAAAUGGUGGCACUGACACCUGGUUGAUACUUCACGUUUCGAAGUCUCAAGUCUUGUGAAGAUUGCGCGGAUAAGCGACGCCUGCCGUGGACCAAACGAACUAAAUUCAACACGGCUAAAAACCGAAUAGGCUGAGAAGUAUAUUUAAUUGCAAUUAGUUGCCAAUACGAGUCAUGAUAUAAGGUUACUAAAACCGAAAACGGAAUUAAAUAACACGUUAAUUAAGAAACAAAGCAAGUUUUAAAAAUGACUUCAGUUCUCCUUUAAAUGCACCAUCGCUGGGUGGUUUAGGGUCC